AUGGCAGACUACAUCAGCGACUCACCGAAUCCGGCCGUCGGUCCAGGCAGGAACCAGCGCACACCUUCCACAGCUACGCAACAUAAGCGCAGCAACAACGACCACCGAAAUCGCAAGAACAACCAACAGCAGUUUGACGGCGCAGUCUCUGACGGCUUGGUAGCUCAAGCGCCUGGUUCACCACAUUCCAAGAGAUCACACAAGCAGAGACAAAGCGCUGCACUAGGCGCAGCGCCUGGACAGCAGCAGAACGGCAACAACAUGGGUAGAGCGAACAGUGUACAAAAUCAGAGGCCGGUGUCUAUGGCCGGCCCGGGUGUAGUGCCGGACACUCCUGCGAAAGAGGAAGUGUAUGCUGGCGCGAAAUUCCAGGACUCGCCAGCUGCUUCCGCACUUCCUAUGCCUAAGUACUUUUCAAAGUCUUUGCCAAACAACGCAGCGGGACGGAAUUCUCUACAAGCGAAGCUCGCGCAAGAGAGGGUGCAAUCGGGGCGUGAAUCUUCUUCGCCGGAAUCGGAUUCUGCGUCGCCUGCUCCUCAACCGCCGCCGCGAGAGGCACAGCAGUCUCCACUCGAUUUCUUCUUCCAAGCAGAUAAGGCUGAGAAACAGAGGAAUAUGAGUGGGAGCAACUCGCGUUCUCCCGAACUACCACGAUCUUCACAACCAUCUUCUACGUCGCAGAAUCCAUUUCAACAGUCCGGUCGGAGCGUCUUCUUGAGCGAGCUUGAUGGCGAUGAUUUAGACCGCCUUAGCCCUCGAACUAUACGACCACCAUUUGCCGAGAGAGCCAAGUCAUCACCUGGUGCUGCGAAUCAGUUCAGUCGAAGCGAGAGUGAUCGACAAGCAAAGACGCAAUCCUUGAAAGACAUUCUGUGGAAUACAACUGCAAACGCGUCCUCUACUACCCCUGCAUCUCAGAGUCGCAACCACUCCGGCUCUCAAACCCCAGACGGUGUCUUUGGCUCUCCGUCUCCUUUUCAGCGCUCUUCUGGACCUUCUACACCACAGCCAACCUCAGAACAACAACAGAACCACUAUUCCCUUCACUAUGGAAACCGGAACCUUUCACCACUCUUCAAGGCCGCUCAAUCCGACACGCCGCCACGCCCGUCUAGCCUGCGCCAAGAGCUACCAAACAAUUCGGCGUCCAUUACUAACUCCGCUGUAGAUCUUCAGCCUCCUCCUGCUCAUCACCAAGGCACUGUUGACCACAGCACCUUUGCGCGCUCCUACCUACAAGAGCAAAUCCGUAAUUCUGGGCCCGCUCAGAUGCCUCAACUUCCCUGGCAAUCUGGGCCGAAACCGAUUCACGCAUCUUCCGGCGCUCAUCAUCCGAAUUCUCCUUCUACUGGUUCUGUUUCUAUCCCUGUACAGCCUGUCAAUGCGCAGCACGGAGUUUCGGCGUCUUCACCUGCAUCCUCUGUGUCGGGGCAUUCCACUCCCCGCACGGCUGGAGGAUCACGAGACAUUGAUGCAAUGCAGAACGAUUUACGACGUAUUUUGAAACUCAAUGUAGUGGGGUAA